GUGAACAUAGGGUCGGGGGUGUCCAUCCUGAGAGUUGAUGCGCCCGGCCAGUUUGAGCGCGUCGGAGGCUCUUCUCUCGGCGGCAGCACCUUUCUGGGCCUUGCAGUUGCACUCACAGGCUGCACCAGCUUCAAGGAGGCCAUGAGGCUGGCAUCGAGGGGCGACAGCACGUGUGUGGACAUGCUAGUGGGAGACAUUUACGGAGGUGACUAUUUGGAGAUGGGCCUGGCUGCCACCACAGUAGCCAGCUCUCUUGGAAAGCUGGUGCGGCCUGCUGACAAGGCAUCGCCGAGUCGUCGCCCGGAGAAUCUAGCAAAGGCGGUGCUGCUGAUGGUGACGAACAACAUCGGGUCCAUUGCCAUGCUGCAUGCUCGCCCCGCAGGCGUGCGCCACGUGCUCUUCACAGGCAGCUUCAUGCACAACAACAAGCUGGCCAUGCGGUCGCUAGCGGUGGCAAUGCAGUUCUGGUCUAACGGAGCUAUGAAGGCCAUGUUUUUGAGACAUAACGGGCAUGCUGGCGCAUUAGGGGCACUGCUCGCAUGUGCGGAUCGGCAUGGAGUGGCCAUCAGCCCAAGCUCCAAAAGACUCAGCAUCGGAAACUCUGUAGACCUGCCAACUUCUGUAAUGUAA